GAAUCAACAGCACAAUCGAGACGAGUUUCGUAUACGUCACGUCGUCGGCGCGCUGUUGGUGGCUGGCUAUUGUACAUCUGGCAGGCUCUGAACAGCAUCGUCGCAGCUACGCAAACGCGCUCUUACCUGCUGUGGGUCAGGGCAGAAACCACGGAGAAGCAAUAGGAUUACCGCCAGCAGAUCGGUCCGUGUGUGUUUGAGUGUCCGCGCGAGCAAAACAACUCCUUCCGGGUGUUGGCGGAGCGCGAUUACCAGCCGUACGGAUGGAGUUUGCGGAACUCAUACUGACGCCCAAGCUCGAUGGCGUGCUGCUGUACGAUCAGCUAAGCGAUCGACCCAUCGACGGAACGCUCUGCGUCACUGGCCACCAUUUGAUACUGAGCACCCGGAAGGAAGGAGCCCAAGAGCUGUGGCUGUUGCACCAAAACAUCGAUCUCGUCGAGCGGAAACCGAACAUCGUCAACAACGUCCUCGAGGGUGGCACCAUCAUACUGAAAUGCAAAGAUUUGCGCAUCAUUGCGUUGAAAAUUGCCUCCCCCCAGGAGUACUUCAACAUUUCCAAUUCGAUCGAACAGCUGUCGAACCUGGAGGAAACACGCAUGCUGUACCCGUUCUUCUACAUCCCGAUGUACAACAUCCUCGAGGACGGGCACUCGCUGUACCGGCCCGAGCAGGAGUUUGGCAAGCUGCUCGCGAACGGAGACGGCGAGUGGCGACUGACGACGGUGAACAGUACGUACCAGGUCUGCCCAACGUACGGCGCCCGGCUGGUGGUUGCCCGCUCCAUUACCGACGAACAGAUCGUGCAAUCGGCCGCCUUCCGCGAUGGCGGCCGGUUUCCGGUGCUCUCCUAUCGGCACGCCAACGGUGCGGCCAUGCUGCGCAGUGCCCAGCCGCUGGCGGCGCCGGGCGUUACGAAGCGUUGCCGGGCGGACGAAGCCAUCCUGAAUGCGGUGCUCGGUCGGAGCAAGAAGGGCUUCAUAUUCGACACGUGGGCGAAGGGCAAGAGCAGCACGACCGAGACGGAUCAGCACUACUCGCAGUGGAAAUAGGUGACGCGGCCGAUCGGGCAGUUCAGCUCCGUGUCGGCGUUGUUAGAUAGUUUUAUCAAAUUGAUGGAAGCGUGCAACGAUGUGCAGUGCAGCUCGGACAAGUGGCUGUCGCGACUGGAAAUGUCCGGCUGGCUCGGGUACGUGCUUAACGCGCUGAAUGCGGCCUGCGUGGUAGCGCAGUGUCUCGACCAGGAGGGCAGCCCCGUGCUGGUGCAUGGUGGGAAAGGUCUGGAUACUACGCUCGUAAUAACCUCGCUGGUACAAAUCAUCCUUAAUCCCGACAGCCGCACGAUAAGGGGACUGCAAGCGCUCAUCGAUCGGGAAUGGCUGCAGGGUGGCUACCCGUUUUCGACGCGCCACAAACACUCCUGCUACACGCCCACCAACCUGCGGCGCAAAAGCUCGAGUGCCACGUUUCUGCUCUUUCUCGACUGCGUUUACCAGCUGUACGCUCAGUUUCCCUGCAGCUUCGAGUACGACCAUCGGCUGCUGGUGACCCUGUUCGAGCACAGCUACUUCAGCCAGUACGGUACGUUUUUGGGCGACUGCGAGCGGGACCGGGUGCAGCUGAAGGUAACUACGCGCACCACCAGCCUGUGGUCCCACCUGAACCGGCCGGAGGUGGUGAAAUCCCUGCUCAACCCGCUGUACGAGCCGAAUCCCGCCGUCAUAUGGCCGUCGGUCGCACCGCUCAGUAUUGUGCUGUGGUCUGAGCUGUACACGCGCUGGUCGAUCGAUCAGUCCCAGCUGAAGAUCAACUUCGGCCACAUUCACGCGCUGGUCAGCCGGGAAAAGGAUCUGCGCAGCAGGGUGGUAAAGUUACGCCGCCAGCUUGCCGAUCUUCAGCGCGAGUAUCAGAUCGUGCGCAGUGAGAAAAAUGGCAACAGUGACGAGCUGCUGCACGCCCGGCACGCAGAAAUGGACGACCCGGGAGACGACGGCGAUGAGGAGAGCGUUUCGUCCGACGCGUUGGGCUCUAGUAAGUAGAGUGCGGUAGGAUAGAACAGAAGGCCUUACUCGGCAGUGCACGAGAUAUAUGAUACGUUAGAAUGUUUAGGUUGCUGCCGAGAGGCAGUUCGUACCUUUUCUUUAUUAACGGGGCCACUAUGCUAGUCUGCCUUUCUUUUUUCUCGUUAGUGGCGAAUCUGUUCAUCAUCCUGUAUUGUGCACAUGUCUGUCCGAGGACGAUCUCUUUUGUUUUGGAAGUAUGUUAUUACUGCCACAUCGUAGUGUAUGUGAUAUUUAAGCGCAUUUUAAACAAUUGUUUUAUAACGUUUUCCGUUACACAUGCCUCUCAUGUAAAGCGGAUCCAUUGCAGUUGUGACACCGCUAUUCGGCAAUCUAAUCGAAACUUAUGACACUUGAAACGUAUUGCAAUUCAUUUCUGGGAGACAUCCCUUCCCCUCAGUCAAGCGGAGUCCUCAGUUUGGAGUAGUUUUAUGAGUUUUUUGAGAAUGCAAAAGCAAUUAUUCGUUUGUAGGGUAUCUUUACGACGAUUUCGCGGCUAACCUGGACCCCGGUGAAAACCAAACAGUUAGUGAGCGUUAGUCCAAGCUUUAUCAAACAUUUUACUCAAAGCGGUGCAUAAGGCUAUAACCUCUGUACCUGGUGCUAAAAGUCCCUCUAUUGCUAAACAUUGAUUUUAGCCAAGCUUAGUUAAGCUUAUUAAACAAUUUGGAAUGCAUUGCUCGCGAUAGGCUUUACAGCUUUUCGUUCACUUAAGUGUACAGAUAACCUUGGCGGUACAUAUCGUGUAAUAUGGCCUGUCCUACAAGGCUACUGCUGCUGCGUGUGUAUUCUAUUUGUUCAAAGAACAACGGGCAUGGAAUAAUUGAAGCUUCCAAAAAUUAAAAAAAAAAAUGUCACUCAAAAAAGACAUGUUCUAUUACAAAGAUACGUAGCAAUGGGCUGUUUAAACAUCCUCUUCGCUCUAUCUGGGCAUAAAACAAUCACUCAAAUUUCUGAUAAUGUUUUUGCUAUACGUCAUACACCGUAUUGUGUUCAAUGGUAGCCAUAUAUAUUGCUUAAUUGCUCCUUCUAAAAUGUAUUGAAUUUAUUAUUCAGUUCCUUCAUUAAUUCCUCCAUCGUGUUUUUUUAAUAGUACUGUUUAAAAAACAACCACUCAAAUUUCUGAUAAUGAUGUUGCUGUACGAUCCAGUUAAAUACUUCGUAGUUUUUUGGGAUUGAGCAGAUAGUUUUGCGUGUGCUCAUCAUAUCGCUUCUUCUUUAGCUCUAUAUCUUUGACACUUAUUGGAAAUACGUUUUCUUUGUUUGAGAAUGUCUAAUAACGGCUUCUUCAGUGGCUUUUCACUCCUAACUGCCAUUCACCUUCUUCGUUGGGGAUGUAUUGUUCAUAAUAUAGUGGGGCGCCGUUUAUCCGGGUACCUUUUUAUCCGGCUUUCCGUUUAUCCGUGCUGUUGAGAAAUGAUAGUACAAAGGAGACAUUGCGUUAUGAGGAGGAUAUUUG